AUGUUCAUUAUAGCGAGAAACUUGAAGAACUUCAACCAAGACCACCAUCAUAAACGAUCAAUGACCAUCAAUCAAGCAGAGCUGCUGUCUAUUGAACAAUUUUUAAGUACUUUGGCUCGGGACCAAGUUGGCCCUAUCAUCAAGUCCAAGUCCGGAACUCAACACUCUUAUGAUGCUAAAAGUGGAGCAAGAGCUGUAGACAUCGUUACUGAGAUCGAUAAACAAGUUGAGAAACUAAUCUGGACUGCUGUAAAGGAAAAAUAUCCAACCUUUAAGUUUGUAGGCGAAGAAAGCUAUGUUCCUGGGAAAACGGCUAUCACAGACGAUCCAACCUUUAUUAUAGAUCCAAUUGACGGAACGACAAAUUUUGUUCAUGACUUUCCCUUCAGUUGCACUUCGUUGGGACUAACAAUUAACAAAGUGCCUGUCGUUGGCGUUAUUUACAAUCCACAUCUGGAUCUUUUGAUAUCUGCUUCGGAAAACAAUGGUGUUCGAGUAAACGGAAUUGAUUUCGACUUCAAGGCAAAAAUACAGUCCAUGGGACCGUUAAAAUUAUCCAAGUCCGUAGUUGCUCUUCAACCUGGCUCAGCGCGCGAAGGGCCAAACUUUAAGACCAAAAUACGGACAUAUGAGAAUUUAUUGUCGUGUGAUGGGGGAUUUGUCCACGGAUUCCGCAAUCUGGGAUCCAGUGCAAUGACAAUGGCCUAUAUCUGUCUGGGGUAUCUCGAUAGCUACUGGGACGGUGGCUGCUAUGCCUGGGAUGUUUGUGCGGGAUGGUGCAUUCUCAAAGAAACGGGCGGAAGAGUCGUCGGUGCUAACGCUGGAGAGUGGGCCGUAGCGGUUGACAAUAGAACCUACCUCGCCGUUCGCGGUUGUGAAAAUCCUCAAGAGCAGGAACAGUAUAUCAGAGACUUUUGGAAGUGCGUAGAAGGUCGUCUGGAUUAUAAGUAA